AACUCCGUACACCAAUACAGCGAAAUGUAGCCCCCUCAAUUUAAAUUACAGUCGAACUUUGACCCUCAAGUCAUUAACCUCGUGUUACGUUGGUACCCCUGUCGCAACAACAUAACCUCCACCGGCUCCAAACAAAAACAACAAACAUGGGGGUUACCGUGCUCCAGCAGUUCCCCAUCGAGACUCGCACCGGGCCCUCCACCAUAGAGCUCCUUUCCAAGCGCAUCUCGGCUCUGGGGGCCGUCCAGCAAGGCCAGUUUUUGGUGGACUGCGAAACCUACACUUCGACCCCCGCUUUGGGGCACCAGCGCACGGUUCACGUUCUCCACAACUCGGAACAACCGGCCACCGUCUUUUCGAUUUUGGAGACUGGCCAAAAGACCAUUCCUCUGGCCACCGAUGGCCUGUUUGACCUCCUCAUGAUGAAGAUGUCGGGGUUUUAUACGUCGAAAAAGCAGACGAAGGCCGAGUCGAAAGGGCCUCGCUACGAAAUCGGCGAUUUUUGUGUGAAACUAGGAACUGUUACUGUGAGUCAGAACUUUAAAGGGAUUUUAGUGGAAGUGGAGUACAGGCCGUCUGUGGUGCCUGCUUUGUGUUGGGAGCUGAUGAGGGAGUUCCUGCAAGGGUUUUUAGGGUCGUCGGUGCCGGCGACGCCGCCGGCGUAUUUACAAAAUCGGAUGCAGGAGUUGUACACUCCGAUGGAUACCAUUCAUCAGUAUUUGGAGCAGUUUACGAUUUUUAGAAAGUCGCCGGGGCUGAGGCCGUGAACGUUGUUACUCAAUUUAAAUUAUAUACUUAAGUACAUUAAAACAGGUUUUCUAUGUGAAAAAAUCCGAAUAAAUCAUUUUAAGGUUA